GAGAGCCCCCUCUUUACUCUACCUUUGCCCAUUGAUUGUGAAAGAGAUAACUUAAUUUAGUUUAGCCAAAUAUUUAUUGCAAGUGCUUCUAUCUACUAGCUAACAACAUUCUGAUUCUGUAUUAACAAUACUCCCAUUACCUUUUGCUUUUAUUCCUGUCACCCUUUUCAAGAUUUUCAUUUCUAAGUUAUUUCCAAGAACAAAGUGUAGUAAUAGUAGUAGUAGCUUGUUUCAGUAGAUUGUUGAAUUGGGGUUGCUUGUUUUUACACUAUGAGUGAAGAACAGAAGGAGAAAUCUAUAGCUGAUGAGGGUCAUGUUUGUGAAAGAGAAGUUAUCAUUCCAAUUCCUAAGAUGGAGAGUUCCUCAGCGAUUACUGAUGAAAGAACACAUGCUAAACAUUGGAGGAAACCAAAUCUAUCUUUGGAGAUACCUUCAAGAACAUUGGACGCUUCUCGGCAAGAGUUAGCUCAGAUUAAAAUGCCAUCAACGCCUACACCAACACCGAAGAGGGUGAAUUUCCUUUUGACUCCUAGUACUGCUGAUUCAAGAAUAACUUCAUCUCCUGGUCCCUCCCCGUCUCGUGGAAAAUCAGCAAUUAGGAAUCUUUUCCCUAAGCUGAACUUAAAAUCGCGUAUGAAUUUGGAUGAGAAGAUAACCAUCCCAGAUUCAUGUCCUGCAGUUGUGCCUCAAGAGAAGGUAUCCAUUUCAAGGUCAUGGUCACUUACUAAAAUGUUUACGCCGCGCAUUAAGAGGACGUCAUCUUUGCCCGUUACACCAAUUGCACAUUCAAAUCCAGAGUCUAUUAGUGGGAGUAUCAGCAGCUCUCUAACACUUGGUACAAAAGAACCACAUGUGUGCAUUUCGCGAUCAAUGUCUCUACCAGUCAUUAACAAAGAAAAAGACGGAAGCAAUAGGAGAGUAGAAUUUUUCUUUCGAGUUAUUCCUUCAACGCCUCAAGUGAAGGAUGUGGAUUCCACAGUUCCACCUACAUCUCCAACGAAAGUAUCUGAGGAUGAUGAGCCAGAUGGUGAAGAUAUACCGGAAGAGGAGGCUGUUUGUCGAAUUUGCCUUGUUGAGUUGUGUGAAGGUGGAGAGACACUCAAGAUGGAGUGCAGCUGCAAAGGUGAACUUGCUUUAGCUCACCAAGAAUGUGCUUUAAAAUGGUUUAGUAUCAAAGGGAACAAAACAUGUGAAGUGUGCAAACAAGAAGUCCGGAAUCUGCCCGUUACACUUUUGCGCAUGCAAAGUGUUCGAAAUGCUGCAGGAUCCAAUAGGUUCCGGCAUCUGGAAAUAAAUGGAUACAGGGUUUGGCAGGAAGUACCCAUCCUUGUAAUCGUCAGCAUGCUCGCCUACUUUUGCUUUCUUGAGCAGCUGCUGGUUGGGAAAAUGGGAACUGGUGCAAUUGCUAUUUCACUUCCCUUUUCUUGUGUGCUAGGCCUACUCGCGUCAAUGACAUCUUCAACCAUGGUUAAGCGAAGAUUUGUCUGGGUUUAUGCAUCGGUCCAGUUUGCGCUAGUAGUACUAUUUGCACAUAUCUUCUAUUCUUUGGUUCACGUGCAAGCAGUUCUUUCGAUUCUUCUGUCUACAUUUGCUGGCUUUGGAGUUGCAAUGAGUGGAAGUUCGUUACUUGUCGAGUUCUUUAGAUGGAGAAGGCGUCGACAAGCUUUGUUAGAGCAGCAACAGAAUUCACAGAUGAUUUUGCCUCCAGGGGGAUGGCCACAGAUGAAUCAACCUCCUACAUCGUCUCGUGUAGGUCCUCAAAAUUAUCAGCACGAUAUAGAAAAUCCCGAGACAUUUAGUUGGACCUAGAUUGUGUGCUAUAUUACAUUACCAUAUAUAAUUGGUGGCCUAUAAAGCCAAUAGAGAGAGAGUGAGGUUUGUCCAUACACAAUUGUGAGAUUGAUGUUUUGUACAUUUUAGAAACUUGUUGGCUUCUACAGGAAAAAGAGAAAUAUAUAGCAGUUGUUGUAUUGCUGAAAGAAGUGUAAAAAGUGAAAUGCUUAUAACCUAUGAAAAGAUGCUGCUCCCAGCUCCUUAUCGCCA